UGUGGUGUGGACAAACUGUGGGCUGCCACAGAAGAGACCUUACUUCUCUUCACACCAGCUGACGGUGCGCUUGCCCUCAGACACACACCGUUAAUUUAGGUUUUUGAUUUUCAUCUGAUCAUGCAGAAAACAAGAAACAGCCGUGGAAUUCCUGAAGAUUAUUUAAUAAGUGAGCAUGCAAAGCUGAGUCGUUUAAAAGAGGUAGCUCAACAUACUUAUUUCUACAGGAGAUACCUCUCCAUAGAAGACAUCCAUGAUUACCCUCGACCUGAGUUUCAUGUGGCUCAAUUGAAACAUGACACACAGCGACAGGCGCUACUUCAGAUCAGGAAGGACGAAGGCUUCAAGGAUCCUUGUGGAGGCUCCUCGGAUCCUCACAAUCUGUCCCUGGUGUGGUGGAGUCUGGCUGUGGGAACUGAGGAGAUCCAGGAGGCUGAGGCGAGACUCCUGAAGAAGACCUACCCAAAGCAGACGGAGGAGCAGGCCGCGAAGCAGAAGAGCUUCCUGUGGAGGUUUGCCACGUCUGCAGCCUUCAGUGAGAAGUCCAUCUUUGGACCGUACCGCUUCACCUUCAUGGUGGAGGAGGUGCUGGAGGCCUACAGCAAUCAGUUUUGCUCCGGAGCUCCGCCCAUCAUGAGGGUGUUCAAAACCUCCCUGUACAAACAGGAAGUGGUACAUGUUGUCCUGGUCCACAGCCCAGCCAAUCAGGAGCUCUUCUCAAAGUAUCCGUUGCUCCCUCGUGAUGACCCGGAUGCCGUCUGCACUUACAAAGAUGGACGCUUCAUCUGGAGACCAGAGGCCAUGUGCGAGACACACAGGUAUAAGUUGAUCCAAAAACCCAACGAAAACCAGAUGGCCUAUAAGGACCAGCAGUCUGAAGUGUUUUAUGUUUGGGAUAAUGUCGCCAUUGCCCUGCACGUGGAGCAGGGACAGGUGCUGAAGUUUGACUGUGACCUUCUAAAAGAGAAAAUCACGUUCUGUGAGAAACACCCUGCGAUAUCCCUGUCUAACAGCCACUUUGAUGACUUCAAAGCUGCUGAAGCCUUGGUGGAAGAUUUGUGGCCUGACUCAGGCUUCCAGCUGAAGGAGAAGCUUUCACUCGAGCAGCAUUUCAAAGAAGAACCAAAGGAGGAACCAAUGGAGCAUGAGGACUCCCAGGAGUGAGACGACUCCUGUGGUUUACUUUCCUGAAAACCAAACACUUCAUAUUCGCGUGCUCUCAGCCUGCAGCUCUGAAUCUGAUGUGUCCCCAUGCUGUUAACGAGGGGGGCGAGGUUUAAAUGCACGCUGUCUGUGUUCACGUGGAAGAUGGAGAAUAAAGUUGUUUUGAAUCUGAA